UGAAUGUAACAUGUUAAUCCCACAGAUUAGGGUGUGUUCAUUCUGUUAGCAGUUAGCAGAUUAGCUCCGUUAAUCCCUCCACGCUGCAGCUUCUCCAUCAGUCAACAUGUCGGACUGGAGGAACGCCGUCCUGCUCUCAGUGCUGCUGGCUCUGUCAGUGUGUGUUUCUGCCUUUGUGGAGGAGUUGGAUGAUGACUUCAUGAAGACGAGACAAGCCGACGACAUCUGGCUCAUUAAAUUUUACGCCCCCUGGUGUUCGUUUUGUAAACAGCUGGAUCCUGUUUGGCAUCAGAUCGGAUCAGAACUCAGGAGUCUCGGCUCUCCGGUCAACGUCGGCAAAUCAGACGCCACCGCCAACACUGGAUUAGCCAAAGAGUUCAGGGUCAGAAGUUACCCAGCAAUCCUCAUGUGGAGGAAAGAUGUGAAAUAUAAUUAUGUAGGACCGAGAACCAAAGAUGGAAUCCUGGACUUUGCUAAUCGAGUUGCGGGGCCAUUGGUUCGAUCUCUGAGCAGUCUGCAGCUCUUCCAACACGCCAUGAACCGCCAUGAUGUCCUGUUUGUUUAUAUUGGAGCAACAUCACCUCUGAAGGGAAACUACACAUCAGUAGCUGAGGAGCUGAUUGUCCACACAUACUUCUUCUCUGCUUCUAGAGACGUCCUGCCGAAGGCCGUGUCCGUCCCCUCUCUGCCGGCUGUGGUGGUUUUUAAAGAGGGAACCUACUUCACCUUCAAUGAGGAACGUGACGGUGAUCUGAAGUCGUGGAUCAACAGAGAACGUUUCCCCAACUACCUGAAGAUCGACAGCUACACUCUGUACGCCAUGGGUGACUCAGGUAAACUGGUGCUUUUGGCACUGGUGGGGGAGAGGAGUCUGUGUGAGGAAAGUCUGAGGUAUAAAAGUCUUGUGGAGAAAGUGGCUGCAGACUACAGAGAGAUCUACAGCAGAAACUUCUACUUUGGUUUCAUGGAGGGGACUGACUACAUUAAUGGACUUGUGAUGGGUGAGGUCACCGUGCCCUCCUUCAUUGUGGUUAAUCUGUCCAAUGACGGCUACUUCCUGCCACUGGGCGCCAUAGGGACAGAGCGCCACCUGCUGGAUUUCUUAAAUGGGGUUCUGGACGGCAGCAUCCAGUGUCAGGGAGGAAACAGCUUCGAUCAGCGUGUCGGACGCUUCUUUUACGACGCCAAAGUAACACUGAUGCCGGUGUUCAGCCAGGCUCCGCUGCUCGGCUGCUUCCUGGUCGGCUUCCCGGUCGUCCUCGCCGCCGUCUUCUGCUACCUCUGCUGUAAGGCUCGGCCCACCAUGAGUGGCUACGAUGAUGGCUUGGCACUGAUAGCUUCAUCGCAGCAGCGCCGCAAAAAAACAAGCGACAAAAAGUCUGACUGAUGAUGAGGAUCAGGAGGAAGAUCUUCAACUACAACUGAUCACGAUUUAGAUCCAGAAAAUGUGUCUGAGCUGAAAUAAAACACAGUGAAACACC